CAGGGGCUGCGCUCAGGAGCUCCAGACAGAAGUGGACUGUGUUCUGCAGGGCAACAGGGCUUUGGGGGAGUGCAGAGAAGGACAUGCACAGUUCAACAUGCAGACCCCACCUCUGCCAGAGGAAGGCGAAGGGCAGCAGCAUUCAUCCCAGGGCUGGUUACUCAGUCUGAAGGUAUGCCAGCACACGUGUCGAACCCCACCACCCUGUGUAAGGAUGGAAACAGCAGAGUCCCUGGCUCUCAUUGAGCAGCCAACCAAGCCAAUUGCUGAGAAGAACAUGUGGUCAAUGAAGCACUUCCUGGAAGUAGACAAGGCAUUUCCCAAAAUCCUACUUCCAGGAAGAAGCUCUGGGAUCCUGCAUCAUCCCAUGCUGUGCCUUCCUCUUUGUGACCAAGUGCUGAAGCUUUGGCUGAGGUAUAGGGACAGGCAUAGCUGUGAGGCCUGGAUGGAGUCCUGGGGAAGUCUAUAAAUGGAGAUUAGAGCGUUUAAGCCGCUUCCAUCCUUGUGUUCUGCAGAUCUUGGGCCCUUGGAGGGGGUUUAUGACUAACCGUGAUUGCCUGCCCCCUCAGAUCUCACACAGGUCGUUUUUCUUACCAGUCCCAUCUGGGGUGACUUAUGCCAGUAUCUUUGCUGACAGAGUUGAAUUUGGUCUGUGUUUCCAUUGCACAAGAACAAAGCCGGCACUGUAGGAACAACUGUCUCGAGGGCACAUCCAGAGCAGACAGAGUCUCUCUCUCUCUCUCUUGUGUUCCUCUCUUUAUUGCUUCCGUUACUGUACAUAUUUCAGUGAUGUCAGGAUUUGGAAUGGCUCUACCUUGAGGGGAGCCAAGAAAUCCUGAGUGUGUGUGUGUAUGUGUGUGUGUUCACAUGCGUGAAAGUAUAUACUGGCAAGACCAAAGCAGUUUGAUGUAUAUCAGCCUGGCUGUUUAUUGAUCCCAUGGAGGUAAAGAAACAGAUUGGAAUCUCCUGGCUGUAAGAAAUACAACCCUUGACCAGCUGCAGCCAUUUUUCUGUCUCCUCUGGCCAAAACAAAACAAAAACAUUCAUUUAAAACUCCUCACCUGGGAAGCACUUGUUAAGAGUAUUUCAUGCAAAUGUGUAGGUUUCUUGGGCUGGACUUGCAAUUCAGAUCAGGAAAAAAAAAAUGGUCUUGCAUUGUCUGAGCAUGUAUUUUGCAGGAAGCCCUUUUGUGAACAAGCGAACGGAUUACCUCUGUGUUCUGGGAUGGUCGAGCCUCGUGUGAGGUUUGGAGGUGGGUUUUGCUUCACUUUCUUCAUAAGGUUUUGAAGCUCGGUGGCUAGGAAGUUGAUGGGGUGCUGUCCCUUGCUAGGGAAGAGGUCCUG